UCAGAUCGCGUGCAGACCGAACCAGCCCAGCCUUUGAACUCCGCCGCUCUUGGCUCGUGUUCACGCGCUUCCGCUCAUUUCCACGCCAGGUGCGCAAGACGCGAAACCUCAGAGCGCAGAGUCGUCGCGAGGCACAGUGGCACCUUGCUGGAUUUCCUUCUCUUUUGCGUCUUUUUUAACGGCUCCUUUAAACAUCACAGUGUUAUUAUUUUGGGGGAGAAGAAGAAGCGGAGAAGAAGCGGACUUCACCGAAACAUUGUCCUGACGCGCGGGACACUUACGGGAUUUUCUGUUUUUCUUUCCAUCAUCGGUGGCAGUUUGGAGAUCGCGUCAAAACCCGCCAGAGAAGUGGCAUGAGUAGCGCUCGGCUUCUAGACACUUGAACACUUUCCCCCUUUUCCUUUAGAGCCCAACUUUCCUUACUCUUUUAUCUUCAGCCAGUCAGGGGAGCGAGCGUCCCAGGCACCAGCAGCAUGUCUAAGCCGGUCGAUCACAUCAAGCGGCCCAUGAACGCCUUCAUGGUGUGGUCCCGCGGCCAGCGGCGGAAGAUGGCGCAGGAGAACCCCAAGAUGCACAAUUCGGAGAUCAGCAAGCGGCUGGGCGCCGAGUGGAAGCUGCUCUCCGAGUCCGAGAAGCGGCCGUACAUCGACGAGGCCAAGCGGCUGCGCGCGCAGCACAUGAAGGAGCACCCCGACUACAAGUACCGGCCGCGGCGCAAACCCAAGAACCUGCUGAAGAAGGACCGCUACGUGUUCCCGCUGCCCUACCUGGGCGACGCCGAGCACCUGAAGGGCCUCAGCGUGUCGCAGGCCGUGUCCGACUCGCUGCUCAGCGCGUCGGAGAAGGCGCGCGCCUUCCUGCCGCCCACCUCGUCGCCCUACUCCUUCCUCGACCCCAGCCAGUUCAGCUCGAGCGCCCUCCAGAAGAUGACGGAGAUGCCGCACGGGCUGGGUGGCGCGGGGGGGCUGUCUUACUCCUCGCUGGGGGGGUACCAGAACGGGGCCUUCGGCAGCCUUGGCUGCCCCAGCCAGCACCACACGCACACGCACCCGUCGCCCACCAACCCGGGCUACGUGGUGCCGUGUAACUGCACCGCCUGGUCCACGUCUAGUUUACAGCCGCCUGUGGCCUACAUACUGUUCCCGGGCAUGACCAAGGGCGGGCUAGACCCCUACUCCUCGGCACACGCGGCCGCCAUGUAGGGCACCCCCCUCCCACCCACCCCCUAGAACCCCCCCAACCAGACUUUAUUCUUUAUAAUUCACUUGAAUAAUAACUGACUUCUUGCAUGUAUAUAUGUGGACCCCCCAGAGAGAGAGAGAGAGAGAGAGAGAGAGAGAGAGAGAGAGAGAGAGAGAGAGAGAGAGAGAGAGAGAGAGAGAGAGAGAGAGAGGCAGAGGGAGGGAGGGAGAGAGGAGAGAGGACCUGCUUUGGACUUGCGAUGACAAAACACGAACAAAUGAACGAAUUAACGAACAAACUGAAACUUUUCCGGAAGUUGAUCCACGCGUCGGACCGCGCGAGGCGAGACGCUGGACGGCCUGCACUGUAAGAAAUGUAAAUGUUAUAACGUCUAUGGCGAGGCCUCUAACUUUAUUUAUUGUGUACAUUUCGAUGCUCCCCUGAUGCGUUGUGUUGUUUAUGAUUGACGGACUAUUCCUUUGCUUUUUGUUCGUGAGUCCGGCUUGCACAUUUGAUUGACGGGUCCUGACUCCGUGCAGAAGCCUCAGUAUUAGUCCGCCUGGGGGCCCUGGACGCGGGUACGGAGCGGGGGGACCUCCGGGUGAUCUUUCACGGGUCACAGUGUUUUAUUUAUUGCCCUGACGCUCCAUCACCAGGUCGGCUCUGAGGACGCCACCGAAAUCAUCCACGGCUAAAGUUUCAUUUUCUGCUUUGAAUUCCCCCAUGUGGUUAAAUGCUGACACGCGUGUGUGUGGUUCUGAGGAUGACUUCUAUCGGCGAGGCGGAGGUUAUAUUAUGUGUAUUUUAUAACUGAGAUGGUCGUUUCAACUGUCAUGUUAUGGAAAGGGAAAUGUAUCUAAAGGUGGAACCGCUCCGUUUGUUCUACUGCUGAGCAAGGAUAUUUCGAAUAAAGACAAUCCGUCUUCAACGCAA